AUGGCCACGCCGACCGACCUCGAAACAAAGUCCCCCGUCCCCUCGAUCCUAGGCACCGAGAAGCGCGAGUUCGUCCUCGGCAAAGGCGACCUCGCGUUCGUCGGCGAACAGGGGCACAACGGCGCCGCGGCGACGUACCAGACUGUCGAUGGCGCUCCCGUCGAGAAGGAGUCGCCGCUGGGGUAUAAUGUCGGGUGGUGGACCGCGCUGUUUUUGAAUGUCUCAACGAUGGUGGGCACUGGUAUUUUCUCGACGCCAUCCGCCAUCCUCGCAGGUACCGGCUCCGUGGGCCUCUCCCUCAUCUACUGGUUCCUAGGGUACCUGAUCUCCAUCUCGGGCGUGAGCGUGUACCUCGAGCUGGCCAGCUACUUCCCCUCGCGCAGCGGCGGCGAGGUCGUGUACCUCGAGCAGGCGUUCCCGCGCCCGCGCCACUUCUUCCCCGUGGCGUUCGCGUUCCAGACCAUCAUCCUGAGCUUUAUGAGCUCGAACGCGUACGUGAUCGCGUUCUACAUCUUCCGCAUGGCUGGCCGCGAUGGGGGAAACUGGGAGACGAAGGGCGUGGCCGUGGCUGCGCUCACCGUCGUCUGUCUGAUCGUGUUUGCGAGCAAUAAGCUGAGCUUGCGGCUGUCGAACGUGCUCGGCGUCGUCAAGAUCGCGACCUUGCUCUUCAUCACCACCACCGGCUGGGCUGUCCUCGGCGGCGCGUUCAAAUCGCGCGUCGCCGACCCGCACGCCAACUUCCGUAACGCGUUCAACGGUACCUCCAAGGACGGCUACGGCAUCUCCAACGCCCUCGUCAACAUCAUCUUCAGCUAUGGCGGGAGUACGAUGGCGUUCAACCUCAGCAACGAGGUCAAGAACCCCGUCAGGACGCUCGGGUUGAGCGCCAACGCGGGCGUGACUAUCACGUUUUUGCUGUAUCUGCUCGUCAAUGUGGCGUACUUUGCCGCCGUCCCCAAAGCCCUCAUCCUCACCUCGAACCAGACCACCGCGUUCCUCUACUUCUCGACCCUGUUCUCCGAGCGCGCCGCCAAAGUCCUCACCAUCCUCCCCAUCCUCAGCGCCACCGGCAACAUUAUCGCCGGCACCGUGGGCCACACGCGCAUGGUGCGCGAAGUGGGACGGCAGGGCGUGCUCCCGUUCACAAAGUUCUGGGUGUCGACGUACCCGCUCGGCACGCCGGGCGGCGCGAUCCUCUCGACGUGGGUCGUGAGCGCGCUCGUCAUCAUCUGCCCGCCCGCCGGCAGCGCGUUCAACUUUAUCCUCGCGCUGCAGAACUACCCCAACUCGCUGUUCCUGGCGUUCAUGACGCUUGGCCUGUUUCUCAUCCGCCGGCAGAGGGCUCGCGCGGGCCUGCCACGGUCGAGCUACCGCUCGUGGACGUUCGUCGUGGUGUUUUACCUCGCCGCACAGGUGUUCAUGCUCGUCAUGCCCUGGGUCCCGCCGAGCGCGGGGAUCAACGCGAGCUCGUUUGGUUUCCUGUACGCUGCGUCGUCGAUCACUGCCAUCGGCCUCGUCGCGCUGUGCUUUGUCUACUAUGCCGUCUGGGUGUGGGUCCUCCCCCGCCUGGGCAAGUACGAGCUGCGCUCAAUCGUCAUCCACCUCGAUGACGGCAGCGUGGGCCACUCGCUCGUGCGUGUCAAGAAUGCCGACCUCGCAGAGUGGGACGCCAAGCACGACCCCGCUGGAAACUCGAUCACCUCCGGCGACGAGGCUGACCAGGCCGAGUUCCACGUCGUGGAAGAACUCAAGGUCUAG